CAAAAAACAAAGCAAGGAAUGAAACUUCCAAAGACAUGACAAAAUUCUGUAAUCCUGUCUUCAUCCUUCACUCAACAUAUUAAAACCCCGCAUAUCCAUAUUACAACUCAAUUUGGCAAACCUCUCCUCGCUCUCUCCAAUCCUCCAAAGUUAUAUUAAAAGGAUGAGCGAAAAACUGGUAGAAAAAGCCAUCAAUAGUCUCGGAAAAGGCUUCGAUUUAACCUCCGAUUUUCGACUAAAGUAUUGCAAAGGCAAAGACCGUUUAGUUUUUCUUAAUGAAAAUGAAUCAAAUGAGCUUCUUGUACCUGGGUUCGGCUCCUUCAAAGGUGUAUCACGUGAUAUCAAAUGUGAUAAAGGCGAUAGGGUUCGAUACCAAUCUGAUAUUCUCGACUUCAAUCAAAUGUCAGAAGUUUUCAACAAAAAGUGCUCAGGGCCAGGGAAAAUUCCGAAUGGAUUCUUUAAUGCGAUGUUUGCAUUCCAAAGUGGUUCGUGGGCUAGUGAUGCUGCUAACACAAAGUAUUUAGGAUUGGAUGGUUACUUCAUUAUGUUGUUUAACGUCCAUCUUGAUCGUUAUCCCUUAGUUCUCUCCGAUGAAGUUCGAAAUGAUGUUCCUUCAACUUGGGAUCCACCUGCUCUUGCAAGAUUCAUAGAAAAAUAUGGGACUCAUAUAAUAGUUGGGAUAAGCAUAGGGGGGCAAGAUGUAAUAUUGUUGAAGCAAAACAAAUCCUCUAAUUUGGAACCUUCACAACUAAAGAACCAUUUGGAAGACCUUGGAGAUGAAAUGUUCAAUGGGGCAUGCACUUUUCCCCCUCAUCAACUCAAAACAAACAACAGGAACAAGACACCAUCAGCGUUUAGUACUGUAUUUGACCCGGAACCAAUGCUCUUCAACGGCUUCUCUUCUACCGCAACAAAGAAUGGGAUAACUGUAAUGUGUUCUAAAAGAGGAGGUGAUCUUACAUCAACCACACAUUGUGAAUGGUUACUGACUGUACCUUCGAUGCCAGAUGCCAUUAGUUUUGACUUCAUUCCGAUCACCUCUUUACUUCCAGGUGUUCCCGGAAAGGGCUUCUUAUCACAUGCCAUUAACCUCUACCUUCGUUACAAACCUCCUAUAGCAGAUUUGGUAUACUUCUUGGACUUUCAAGCCCAUAAACUAUGGGCUCCAAUUCAUAAUGAUCUCUCGUUAGGCCCAACUACAAACAGGGCCAUCAAAACCCCAGCAUUGAAUUUCAACUUGAUGGGACCCAAGCUCUAUGUUAACACUACCCAGGUUACAAUAUCAAAGAAGCCCGUUACUGGAAUGCGGCUAUAUCUCGAGGGUAUGAAAUGCAACAGGUUGGCCAUACACCUCCAACACUUAUCAGAGACACCGAUAUUAUUCAGAGAUAGAAUAGGUGAAGCUUUAAACUGGCGUGGAUCAGAGGACAUUCCUGAUCCACGUUUUUUUGAACCAAUUCAAUGGAAGAAGUUUUCUCAUGUUUGCACAGCACCGAUUAAGUAUGAUCCUAAAUGGGCAUUGCCUAGAAAAGAUGCCUCAUUUAUUGUCACGGGAGCUCAACUUCAUGUCAAAAAGCAUGAGUCAAAGAGCAUUUUGCAUCUUCGAUUAUUGUAUUCUAGGGUUUCGAGCUCAUGUGUAGUGCAAUCAUCUUGGACUUUAGGCCAAACCAGUACAUCACAAAGAUCGGGCUUUUUGUCUGCAUUAAGUACCACAUUAACUGGAAAUCCAGAGAAAGAGAUAACAACAGCAAAUGUGGUGGUAGAUUCGGGCAUUUAUCCAAAUGGACCACCAGUGGAGGUGCCAUCACCAAAACUUCUAAAGUUUGUUGAUAUGUCACAAGUAUGUAAGGGACCAAGGGACAAUCCCGGGCAUUGGUUAGUCACCGGGGCUAAACUUGACUUGGAUAAAGGGAAAAUACGUCUUCUUGUCAAGUUUUCUUUAUUGAACAUAUUUUGAAUAUGAAAAUAAAUAAAUUGAAUAUGAUAUUAAGAGAGGGUUGCAGUAAUUAUGUUAGUUUCAUUAUGUGCCCACAAAGUUCGAAGGCUUAAAGUCCUCUAAAAAUAGAAGCAUGGAGUAGUCAGUUAUGUAAAUAUAUGGAAAU